AUGGUUAUGUUAUCUAUUAUUUUUAUACUUACAUAUUCUACUCAAAUAAUAUUAGGAAGUAGUAAAGACAUUAUAGUUGAACGUCCAUUUUAUCUUCGUGCUCGUAUACAUGAUUCUCGUACAGCUACUGUAUUAUUUGAAAUAGCUCGAGAAACUUAUCAACGAACAUGUCAAAUGUAUAAAUUUACAAUUCGUCGUAAUCGUGAACAUCCAUAUCUUAUGCCAGAACAAAAUUUAACUUUUUGGAGAAAUUCACUUGAAUUAAAACAUUUAGAUGAAGGACAUUAUAGAGUAUGUGCUAUAAUAUGUUCGGAACAAUUAGGACAACCAUCAUAUCAUGAUAAAAAAUACAAGAAUAAAAAUAAUACAACACCAAUAACAGCUUGUGUUAAUUUUAGUGCAUAUCGUACUCAUCUUCUUAUUCUUACAUUGUAUAUCCUUGUUUUCAUAAUUCUUGCCUGUUCGCAUGUUAUUUAUUCAUUACGUAAACGUCAAUUUAAAGCUGGAAUUAAAAUAGCAUUAAUGGAACUGGAAAGUACUUUACAAAAAUGGCGUACUAGUUCAACACCGCCAACACCAACCCGUGACAUGCAACCAUAUAAUAUUCUUCAAACUCUUGUUACUCUACCAGCAUCACCUCUUCAACAAACAGAAUUCGAAUCGUUACAACGUAAUGAUCAAGAGCAACAACCAACAGUGGUGAGUUUUGGAAUUCCAAAUGAACAUUAA